AGCGUCCACCGUACUGCAACACCAGAGAGAAGAAGAGGCAGUAGCUGUUUCUGUGCCCGGGGUACGAUCGUUGCUCUCAUCACACCGAGACGCAUUCAGGCAGUUCAGCUAAAUAAGUGACGCUCCGUAUUGCAAUGGUUACACCGACAGUCUGGUCUUUCACAGUAGAAACGCCGGAGCUGCAAUGAAGCAUCUACAGCAUCGAGAAGAUUAAUGUGAAGAUAGGAGAUACUGAAGUGAAGGUGUUUUGUGACUGUCAGGCAGGGGCCUCGUCCAUGUGGGCUUCAUGCUGUGGUUUGCUGAAUGAAGUUAUGGGUACUGGGGCCGUCAGAGGCCAGCAGCCAGGGUUUGGGGCCGGUGCUGGACCCUUCAGAUUUGCCCCCAGUGCGGGAUACUCUACAUACCCGCCCACCAGCUCAGGAAGUCCCAGUCUUGUAUGCAAGGCCUGUGGCCAGGCCUUCUCGGUCUUCAGGAGGAAGUAUAUUUGCUGCGACUGCAAGAAGAGCUUCUGCUCGCUGUGCUCUGUGCUUCAGGAGAAUCUACGCAUUUGUGCCACAUGUCACUUGCUGAAAGCAACAGCCUUUCAGCGGCCUCGGCUCAUGCGUCUACGAGUAAAGGACCUGCGUCAGUACUUGCUGCUCCGUAACAUCCCCACCGAUACCUGCAGGGAAAAGGAGGACCUGGUGGAUUUGGUGCUCUGUCACCAAGGUAUAGAGGAAGAGGAGGACCCCGACACGACCAGCCUCCACUCGCGUUCCCUGUAUACACCAACCCCUUCUACCACACAAUCUGCCUCUGAGCUGUCUGCUUUCGUCGCCUCCCAGGAGGAACCGCUCAGCAGGAGUGAUAGCUCUGAUACCAACCAGGAUAUAGGUGAUGCCACAUCGGUGUCUCUCCUCAACUUGGAUCCCAGUGAACACACUCCUGAGGUGAGUCCUCAGACGCGACGUCGGGCCAGAGCAUCUCUCUCCGACAUCUCCAGCCUGAGAGACAUCGAGGGUCUGUCUGUCAGGCAGCUGAAGGAGAUCCUGGCCAGGAACUUUGUCAACUAUUCAGGGUGCUGUGAGAAGUGGGAGCUGGUGGAGCGUGUCAGCAGACUGUACAGAGAGACGGAGGAGAACAGGAAAUCAUUGGAAAAUGUGAGCAGUACUGUAACCACAGUGGUGGCCUUCCCCCCUCCUAUUUGCAACGGUGCCAUCGGAGAUGGCGAGAAGGGUCCGCUGACAAUCCACGAUGACAACCUCUGCAGGAUCUGCAUGGACGCCACGAUUGACUGCGUCCUCCUGGAGUGCGGUCAUAUGGUCACCUGCACCAAGUGUGGCAAGAGGAUGAACGAGUGCCCAAUCUGCAGGCAGUAUGUUGUGAGGGCCGUGCACGUCUUCAAGUCCUAAUGCACCACUGCAACGACCACAGCACCCGCAGCAGUUCAGACUUGAGACUGUACCUUAACUCAACCAUGCAGCUCAUAACUUUGAAUCCCCAAAAGACUUAUUUUGUGGAUGUUUCAUGUUUGUAUUCACAUUAUUUGCACAUUGAAAUAUUAUGAGAAAUGUGUUUUUCUUAAGAAUUUGACUCUUUUUUUUCCACCAGUGGGCAGAGUGUAGAAUCGUACCCUCCUGUGAGUCAUUCCUCAAGUAAACAUAUCUCUAAUCUGUGUUCAUUCCUAAAUGUUCGUUUUGCUUUUCUUACAAUUUUUUUCAACACAAAGAAUGUGUGGCGCUGAGCCACGUGCAGUCUCCUUCUACACAACUCAUCACCCUCAGAUCUGCCUAUAAACUGUAGCUGGCACUCGACUCUUGCUGAGUAUUCUUUAGAGCACCUCUCUUUGCAGCUGCUGCAAGUGAAUACAUAUCUUAGUAACACCAAGGACAGACACACACUGAGCCUGAGCACAGGAGAGUUAGGUGCCAAAUAAUGGGUUGUGUCCUUAGGCUCUUUCACCCAUUCUUUCUUUUCCCUCGACUGUGUGGGCCAGUGUGUUGCUGUCGAUUGUUCAGCACGUUUUAACAAAAAGCACUUUGUUCACUCUGUGUGUUAAUGUACCACUGCUCACAACUGACUGCAAACCAGUAAUAGUGGCUGAGGUAGCACAUGUAGUAAUUAUUGAAUACUUGUUGUUUUGUUUUGUUUUUUGAGUUUUGAAGGCCAAUAACUUUGUUUAGGGUCAGUGAGAAAAUCUAAACAGAAAUCAUUGAACUUUUCAAGUUAAAUAUGGUGUUACUCAGCCCACAGAUGAGCAGAGAUGAGCAGGUGCUCUGCCGAGAUUCAAGCAUACUGACGACUUAGAAUGGUGAUUUAUGAUUACAUCAAUGUGUUAUUAAUUUCAUUAUAUUCACUUAUUUUCUUAUCAAAGAGCUUAUUGUAAUGCAUUACAUAUUAUAAUGAUCAUACAAACUAUCAUUACAGCAAUAGCUAACCUCCGCUGUCACCUCUGUCCUGUCUCAGCACUUUAGUGGAGACAAAAGACAAAAACUGGUGCUAACUCCAUCCAACCAUCUUCCCUGUUGUCCAGCUGAACUGUGGAUGUGAAACUCUGAAUGUUUUUAUUUCUGUUCUUGUAUAUUGUCAGGAGUGGAAUGAAGUGUCUUAAUGCUUUUCAGUUGAUUUUCUCUCAUGUAGGAGUAAUAUAUUGAACUAACUAUUCAAAGAUAUAGCGACGAGUUUACUGACACCUGUGGUAUAGGAAGUAUAUAGAAAUAAUGACUUGCUAAUGUACAUUUGCAUAUAUUGAUCCAUAUGAGAUGUAUAUAUCUAUAUUUUUUUUCCAUUUGAUUUAAAUUGCGUAAUAUCAGAUUAUUGAAAUGUCCCUGAGAUUGGGUUAGUUUAUUACAUUCUCCUGUCAAGUGGUUUGAAAUGUGUUUAAACUGCAUUAGGUUUGCUUGAACUAUCAGUCCCUCUUGAACCAGAGCAUAACAUAACCUGUAUGAGACUGGUUAUGUCAUAUCCACCAUCUGACCCCAUGUCUAAAACUCAAAUUUCCUGGUUUUCUUUUUUCCCUUAAUCCUGCUCAUUUAGAAGUAUUCAGCUCUCUACUGUACCCACACUAAGUCAACGUUGCUGCUAUUACAGUAAAGAUGUCCCCUACAAUCAUGAAUAGUAGUGGAGCAGGUUGCACUUUUCCUUUACAGAGGGUAUAAUUGUGUGCAAGGUUUUGUCUUUGUAUUUGGAAUGUUGAACUUUUUAUUUUGGUAAUUAAAGAUUUUAAUUAAAGUCUGUUUUUGUAUAAUCAUGCAUCACAAA